AUGACCCACCCCAGUCCCCGGGGCGGAGAGCCGCUCGUCAGCAAGCCAGGACCGCAUUGCCGCCCUGGAGAGACAGCUCAACAUCGAGCUCAAGGUCAAACAGGGAGCCGAGAACAUGAUUCCAAUCUACGCCAACGGAUCCACCAAGGACAAGAAGAUGCUGCAGACGGCACAGCAGAUGCUGCAGGACAGCAAGACCAAGAUCGACAUCAUCCGCAUGCAGAUCCGCAAGAACGUGCAGGCCACAGAGCACACCGAGGACACACAGGGUAACCAGGACGUGUGUGGUGUGGAGCUGCGUAUUGAGGAGCUGAGGCACCACUACAGGGUAGAACACGCUGUGGCAGAGGGAGCUAAGAAUGUCCUCCGACUACUGGGGGCCAGCAAGGUCCAGGAUAAGAAGACCCUGUCAGAGGCCCAGUGUCGUCUGAGCGAGGCGUCCCAGCGGUUGGACCUCCUGAGGGACUCUCUGGACCAGCGUCUGGCCGACCUGCCGGAGGACCACCCCAAGGCCUGCCUCAUCAGGGAGGAACUAGUCCUGGCCUCCUCCCCGGCCUUCAGCUCCCGCCACAGUGCCCCAUACCUUCACAACCAGUACAGCACCCUCAGCAAGCCCUCCCCGCUCACUGGUACUCUCCAGGUGCAGCUGCUGGGCUGUGUGGGGGUGUUGGAGGUGGUCCCGGGGCGCAGUAAGGGCACGGCGGUCAUGCUGCCCUGCUACAGCCCCGGGGAGGGACGCUCCUUCAUGAACCGCAGCAGCAAGAGCAACCUGUACGGACGCAGCGGGAGCGUCAGCGGCAAGACUCCCAGCAAGACCGACGAACUCUCCUCGGAGGUGAGUGCGGUGCUGAAGAUGGAUAACUCAGUGGUGGGUCAGACAGCCUGGAAGAGUGUAGGGGAGCAGGCCUGGGAUCAGACCUUCACUGUGGAGCUGGAGAGGUCCAGGGAGAUGGAGAUAGCAGUGUACUGGAGGGACUACCGCUCACUGUGCGCUCUCAAGUACCUGAAGCUUGAGGACUUCCUGGACAACCAGAAACACAGAGUUCAGCUGGAGCUGGAGCCUCAGGGGCUGCUUCUGGCUGAGGUGAUAUUCUUCAACCCGGUGAUUGAGAGAGUCCCACGCCUUCAGAGACAGAAGAAGGUCUUCUCCAAACAGCACGGCAAGGCUUUCCUGAGAGCUCGUCAGAUGAAUGUUGACAUCGGGACCUGGGUCCGACUCUUGAGGAACGCUAUCCCCACCGUCAACAACACCGGAACCUACAGCCCCAAUGCACACAACCUCAACUCUGGGGAGAUCUCAGUGGAGAAACUAAAUCUGGACAGUGACUCUCCAGUCAGACAUGAUUACAGGAGAGACUCUGAUAAUAACACCCCGGAGCGGUUGCCAGUGAUUGAGCCCUUCUCUCCCCCAGACCUCACCCCUGAUCGCCCUGCCCAAACCCCCCCUCUGAGCAGUGAACAUAAGAAGCUCCUGUGCCUCCAGGACUUCAGGCUGAUCGCCGUGCUGGGCCGGGGACACUUUGGAAAGGUGCUGCUGUCAGAGUAUAAGAAGACAGGAAGUAUAUACGCCAUCAAGGCCCUGAAGAAAGGAGAUAUUGUUGCACGGGACGAGGUGGAGAGUCUGAUGUGUGAGAAGCGUAUCUUUGAGACGGUGAACGUCUCCCACCACCCCUUCCUGGUCAACCUGUUUGCGUGUUUCCAGACCCCGGAACACGUGUGCUUCGUCAUGGAGUACACGGCUGGCGGUGACCUCAUGAUGCACAUCCACGCUGAUGUCUUCACUGAACCACGGGCUGUGUUCUAUUCAGCCUGUGUGGUUCUGGGGCUGCAGUUUCUCCAUGACCACAAGAUUGUGUACCGAGACCUUAAACUAGACAACUUACUGCUGGAUACAGACGGAUAUGUAAAGAUUGCCGACUUUGGACUCUGUAAGGAAGGGAUGGGCUAUGGGGACAGGACCAGUACGUUCUGUGGUACUCCAGAGUUCCUGGCCCCUGAGGUCCUGACCGACACCUCUUACACCAGAGCAGUGGACUGGUGGGGCCUGGGGGUCCUCAUCUAUGAGAUGCUGGUGGGAGAGUCGCCUUUCCCUGGUGACGAUGAGGAGGAGGUGUUUGACAGCAUCGUGAAUGACGAGGUCCGCUACCCACGAUUCCUCUCCACAGAGGCCAUCGCCAUCAUGAGGAGGCUGUUGAGGAGGAACCCAGAGAGAAGACUAGGCUCUGGUGAGAAAGAUGCUGAUGAGAUAAAGAAACAGCCUUUCUUCCGGGGUCUGGAUUGGGAGGCCCUGUUACAGAGGAAGCUGCCCCCUCCCUUCGUUCCCUCCAUCAAGGGCCGAGAGGACGUCAGCAACUUUGACGAGGAGUUCACCGCCGAGCCUCCCGCCCUGACACCGCCGCGCGAGCCCCGCACGCUCUCCCGCAAGGACCAGGACAGCUUCUGCGACUUCGACUACAUCUCCGACCUCUGCUAGGGGUCGAGAGGUUGUGACCUCUAUCACAUCAUCAUUAUAUGAGGGUCAUGGGGUCACGGCAGUCUGCAAGGGUGGUCUGCAUCCACCACACUGUGAAUGUGAUAUGAGAAACGGAGAAGGGUCGGUCUGUAGUGUAGUCUACGUCUGUGUGGGAGGUAUGAACUAGAGGAGAUUAAUGCAGACCCAGGCCAAGACUCUGUGACUGUGUUUUUUUUUUUUACACUGCAGCAGCAUCUCACACAACUGUGAGAAGGGGCCCAUCAAGAGGACUGGUGGUUGAUGGGAAAUGAAGUUCUGUUACAAUGAGACUCUGUUUUCCAAAGGAAAAGAAGACAGAAAAAAAGAAACUGUGACGCCCGCUAAGCUUGUGCCACCUCCUCCCUAUCUAGAACACUCCAAUGGCUGUGUCCUUACAAGAACUUGUCAUAACAUGUGUAACUUCUACUACACAGUCAACCCCUUUUAACUUUGCCUUCCAGUUCCAUCCUCCUUUGUGCCAGUGUUGUAGUCUGCUCUGAGAUCUGAGGAUCUCCAUGUAACGUUCAGGGUUGGGAUCCAUACCAUUUCAAUUCAGUCAAUUCAGGAAGUCAAUUGGAAUUUCAGUUUAUUUCCUGAAUUGAAUUGAAAUGGAAUGGACCCCAAGCCUGGUUCCUUCAUACUGUGACAAAACACAAAUAAUAUUUGGGAGAGGGUUUGGUGGGGUGGGUGCAUGGCUUGAAAUGAUGCCUUAAAUUUCUACUGGGAUCUAUAGAAAUGCAUUUCAUUUUGUUAUGUUGUGGUCCUUGGUAACUAACUGUGGUCCUCGGUAUGCAAUGAGGGUGAUAAUGUUUUACAUUAAUGCGAAGAGGAGACAAGGAAGUACCUCCAUCUGCCUAUCAAAAUGAUUGCUUGGAGGAAGUUGAAUCAACAGUGUGUCGAAUCAUCUAUAUAUAUGUACUCUGCAUUGUUACAACGUUGUGAACAAUCACCCAUCAAGUUACCCAUUGCUAGUCUUGUGUCAACAGAAGGGGUAAAGAACCACUGCUUGGAGGAACGGUCAAUUGUGAUCCAACCAGAUCACUAGUGCAUUCACAAUGGGCAAUUGUUGCCCUUUUAACAUUCUUUAAAAUGUUCUGAUUUUAGUUAUUAUGGGGGGGGGACUGCCUUUUAAUUGGUCCAGUCUGUGAAUUUUAUAUAAGGGUGUGUCAUGUGGCAGUCUACACCUGUGCCAUUUGGUCAUAUCUGAACACACAAAAGAAAGGCUGAAGGAUGCAUGUCUCGUUCCAAACAUGUAAAUAUUCACACAAACGAACACACACUUUAAUGCUCAAGACACUCAAAUUCAAUCAGUGGCAUGAAGCGGAAACACAUCCAAGCAAUGAAUCAUGCUCAGGCUUCUCCAGGUUGAAGUGACCAUUAAGAACAGGUCUAGGAUCAGUUUAUUCCAACCUCCAACCACUAGGAAAAGAAAACUGACCUUAGAUCAGAACUUAGAGGCAGCUUCAUCCUCCAACUACAGUACCUGCUCGUCUGCAGAAGUCAACAGAAAACAAACUUUACCUCCCUUGUCUCUGUGUAUGGGUGUGUUGUGAAUCAUGUUUGUCUGGCUGCAGACUCUACUUAUCUUGUGUACGACUAUACAAAAGGAAGUGAAAGUAUGAGAUUAGUUAUUUAUAAAGAAAAUCUGUUGGAAAAACUUGUGUAUACGGUUUACUGUGUUUGAUUGGGUGUCUCAUCAUCAGAUCAUUCUUUGUCACCUCCCUGCUAUUAAAGCAAUGCUCUAUCUUCACAAGUAAGAUGGUCAUAAAAAAAAGGUCAUUUUUAGACAAGCUUUUACCAUGUGAACUUGUGAAGAAUGUCCUGAAAGUAUCAACUCAUGUCCUCUCAAAUUCAUGUAGAAAACGAUGCAAAGAAUCAUAAAAAAGAUGCAAACAUCAACAUCCACCUUGUAAUAAAUCACAAAAAUGCAGUUUUA